AACCCCGGAAGAGGUUUCUCUUCUCUUUCUAUUCUCUGGGAUGGCGGCAAGCGGGCAAGAGAGACCAGGGGAGAAGAGAAGCGCCGAGGAGGAGCCGGUUCUGUCCCUGCAGGAUGUGCUGGAGGAGGACGAUGCCCUGCAGGACGAGGCGUGUGCAGUGCUGGGAGGGAGCGACGCCGAGAAGUGCUCCUACCCCGAGGGCUAUGUGAAGAGACAAGCGUUGUAUGCGUGUAAUACCUGCACCCAGGACAAAGAGGAGCCCGCUGGCAUCUGUCUGGCCUGUACAUACAAGUGUCACGAAGGCCACGACCUGUUCGAGCUAUACACAAAGAGGAACUUUCGCUGCGACUGCGGAAAUGCAAAAUUUAAACAGCUGGAGUGCAAAUUAUAUCCCGAUAAGGAGAAAUACAACACAACAAAUAAAUACAAUGACAAUUUCUUUGGUCUGUACUGCACCUGUAAGAGACCAUAUCCCGAUCCAGAGGACGAGACCCCAGAUGAGAUGAUCCAGUGUGUAGUCUGUGAGGACUGGUUUCAUGGCCGGCACCUGGGGGCAGUUCCACCGGAGCAUGAAGAGUUUCAGGAGAUGGUGUGUCAGGGCUGUAUGGAUCACUGUUCAUUUCUAUGGGCCUAUACUGCCAAGUUAGCAGUUCCUGGUGUCACCAAGAUUAUCAAAGCAGAAACAGAGAGUGAAGAUGUUACAGUUGAUGAUUGUCCUACGGAAACAACGGACACUCAGAAUGGUCCAACAAUAAAAAGUGAAGAAGUGAAGGUGGAGAUAUCAAAGCUGCCUGAUGUGAAGGAGGAAGAAAAGCCAAGCUGUCCAUCUACCAGUGCCAGCAGUGAUCAGAAAUAUUGUAACGGUGAAACGUCUCGGGAUGUGAAGACCAACAUUAAACUCAACACUGUGUGCAAACUUGAAGAAUACAGAACAGCCCAGGGGCCCGACACCAACACUGCCACCUACUGGCCGAGCAGCUGGCGGAGUCAACUCUGCAGAUGUGCAGGAUGCAUGAAAAUCUACACGGAUUUGGAUGUUCUCUUCCUGCUGGAAGAAUGCGACACAGUUCAGGCCUAUGAAAAUAAAGGGAAAUCGGAGGAGCAAGAGGCUAGAGACCCUUUGAUGACCGCACUCAGCGGCAUGAACCGCGUCCAGCAGGUGGAGCUGAUCUGCGAAUAUAACGACCUGAAGACAGAGCUGACAGAUUAUCUGAAGAGAUUUGCAGAGGAAGGGAAGGUUGUCAAGAGAGAAGACAUUCAGAAGUUCUUUGAAGACCUGCGCUCCAAGAAGCGGAGACGGGUGGACGGCAUGCAGUACUAUUGCAGUUAGCCUCAGCAUUCCGAAUCGGGGGCCGGGACCGUAGUCCCGUACUAUGCUAUAAACUCU